AUGCGGAAACACGUUGCGGUUGGAUUGUCGCUGGCGGUGAUUGCCUCGCUCGCCUUGGGCUCGUGGGCUUUUGAGUCGCAGGCCGAAGAGGCGGAGCAGCCCUAUUACGAUUUGGGGGGCUUUCAUUACGAGGUCACCACCGACUCGGACGAGGCGCAGCAGUGGUUCGAUCGAGGGCUGGCCAUGUGUCACGGCUUCAAUCACGAGGAGGCCGUGCGUUGCUUUGAGAAGGCGCUGGCCGCCGAUCCGGGGAUGGCGAUGGGGCUGUGGGGAAUGGCCUACGCCUGGGGACCCAACAUCAACAACAUGGAGAUCGAGCCAACGCAAAUCGCCAAGGCCGAACUGGCUCUGCAACUCGCCAGAUUGAAUACGGCCGACUGCACCGAGCUGGAACGCCAACUGAUCGACGCGUUGGCCACCCGAUAUGCUACGCCGGUUCCGGAAGAUCGAGAACCGCUCAAUAAGGCCUAUUCCGAUGCGCUGCGUGAGUUGCAUAAAGAACACGCCGACGAUCCGCUGGUGGUCACGCUGUUUGCUGAAUCGUUGAUGAACCUACAGCCGUGGCUGCACUGGAGCCCCGAAGGUGAGCCGGGCCCGAUGACGCCGGAGAUUGUGGAGGUGCUCGAAGGGGGGCUAACGAAGUGGCCCGACUAUCCGGCGUUGUGUCAUUUCUAUAUCCACGCGAUGGAAGCCUCGCCUACGCCGGAGAAAGCUUUGCCAGCCGCGAAUCGACUCCGCACUUCAAUGCCGGGCCAGGGGCACCUGGUGCACAUGCCGACGCAUAUCGAUAUCUGGACGGGCGACUACGCAAAGGUGGUCGACUCGAACCAGAAAGCGAUUGUGGCCGACGCCGAGUUCCUGAAGCGUGAGGGCCCUGCGAAUUUCUACUCACUGUAUCGCAUCCACAACUAUCACUUCCUGGUGUACGGCGCGAUGUUCGACGGCCAAAGCGGCGUCGCGCUGGAAGCAGCGCGGGCAAUCAAGCAGCAAGUUCCCGAGCCGAUGCUCAAGGAAAUGACCGAUUUCCUCGAUGCGUUCAUGCCGACCGACUUGCACGUGCUGGUGCGUUUUGGGCGAUGGGACGACAUUCUGAAUGAGCCCCUGCCGGCUGAGUACCUGCCGGUUUCGCGUUCCAUCUGGCAUUACGCCCGGGCGUUGGCCUAUGCCUCGACGAAUCGCGUUCCGGAAGCCGAAAUCGAGCAGCAGGCAUUCCUCGAGGCGAUGCAGGCGGUGCCCGAGACGAGUUUCCUGUUCCAGAACCCCUCGAUCAAUAUCCUGGCGGUAGCGAAGGAAAUGGUGGCCGGCGAGAUUGCUUAUCGCAAAGGGGAAUACGACAAGGCAUUCGCUCAUCUGCAAGAAGCGGUUCGUUUGGACGACGCCCUGAACUACGACGAACCGUGGGGUUGGAUGCAGCCGGCUCGACACGCAUUGGGGGCGUUGCUGCUGGAGCAAGGCCACGACUCGCAGGCCGAAGCGGUGUAUCGGGCCGAUUUGAAGCGGCACCCGAACAACCCCUGGGCACUGCACGGCUUGGCCGAAAGCCUGGCAAAGCAGGGCAAGGUCGACGAAUCGGCGAAGUACCGCAAAGAGUUUGCUUCAGCCUGCGAACGCAGCGAUGUGACGAUCGAUCGCUCGUGUUAUUGUAAGCUGAAGGGCGGGAAGUGA